AUGACACUGGAUGAAUUGAAUUGCUCGGAGUUCCUUGAAGCGCUCCGGACCAUAUUGACACCUGCCAUGGCUUCCAAGUCGGUGGGCAGUUACGCGCGAGCAGAAAUCAAUUUGACACAGGUUUUGCACCAUUGCCUCAAGAUGGCAGACACCAAUCGGGAUGGAACUCUGAGUUUUCAGGAGUUCGAACGCUUCCUGAAGAAUUUACGCAAGCCGAAGCACCCAACGGAACUGGCCUUGCUUUACAUGAACAUGUUCGACGCAGAUCCGGAUGCUUACAUCGCCGAGAACGAGUUCCGGGACAUGUGGCGCUAUUUUAUGGGCCGCAAUCCAAGAUCGGAAGAGUUUCAAUAUCAUUGGUCCCGGAUGGAUACCGCCCGAGCUGGCAGGAUAUCGCAGCGAGCCCUGGCGAGAUGGUUGGCAAAAACAGCGCCCAAGGCCUUCACCACGUUGGCGCCUCCUGUGAUAGAGCCCGAAGGGUCGGAAACGGAAGAUCCUGGUCCAGGAAGAUGUGCUGAGGCAGCUUACAAGCGACCCGAACCAAGUCCAAAAUCUUCAGGCCAGCUCCUGGACUUUGGCACCAGCCGUCCACACCCUGGCAGAGCGCCCAUGAGUGGAACUCGGUACCCCAGGAUCCUUGCGACCAGAAUAUUGCUUGGCGGGGAUGUCAGCGGGCCCGUGAAGUUUGACGACAUCCCCAAGACUUCCAACGAAGUUCUGAACGACGACUACCAGCAGGGCUAUCUUUUCAAGGCCAAGCAGAAGACGAGCUGGCAUGGAUCUGUUGUUACGACAGCCGUGGACAUCCUUCCUGGGCAGGACAAGGCUCCGAUGACGCCGUCAAAAAUUACGUGGAAGCUUCCAGCUCCCUUGGGCUGUCCGUUCGUGGUUAUCGACAAACUGGAAAUGGACAAGAAGGGUGGCAUCAAGUUGGAAGGCUCUACCGAGAAGGCUCUAAAGGGACUGCGAAUUGAACUGAAGCCGGACCUCAGUGAUGUUACGAAGACGAAGACAGGCCUUAUCUACAGCGGCCUCAAGGAUGCACGGUUGGGGCUGGACCUGAAGGGCAUCGGUGUUCAAGAUGCUGUCGCAGAAGCCACAUUCCAGAGCGGCCCAGCAACUCUCGGGGCCAAGAUUGCGGCACCCUGGUGCCCGGACUUCGGCCUGCGCGUUCUCCAUGGCCCCUUCUUCGCAUCACUGCUUGCGAAGGAGAAGUUCUCUUGCUACACAGCAUCCUGUCACUACAAGGCAGCAGACAAUCUGCGGCUGGCCGCCAACUACACGUAUGGGAAGAAAACGGCAUACACCGUUGGCCUGAUGUAUGCCUGCAACAAGAACACGACCAUGAAGGUGAAGCUGGAUCACAACGGGGCAGUUAGCUGCUCUGUAAAGCAAGUCUUCGCAAAAGGAUUCUCGGCCCUUGGCGGUGUGAAGUAUGACUCGAAGACAGGCACACCGACUUAUGGCCUCCAAAUCAGCGUCGAGAAAAGCAAUGAAGACCACUGCCUCAUGUUGUGUCGACUGGUGCAGCGGUGUAGACCUGGCGCCAAGCAAUCGACGAGCCUGGCAAGACAGCGGCAUCUCUGCCGGUGCGGUGGACGAAAUCGAUUUAGCACGUGGAGCGAUGGUCAGAGGCUUCGACCUCCAGAAUCUCGCUCUGCUGCUUUGAAAGCUGCCGUUGGCACGUCCUUGGUCGCUACAUAUCUCGGAUACAAAGGCUACCGACUGCUUUCAGCUCGUUGGGAUCGGGUCGAAGAGGUUGAACUGCCUGCAGUACCGGAGCCAAGUGGUCACUUCGUCCAUCCCUAUGAAAUCUGGCCCUGGUAUCAGAAAGCCUGGUUUGCCCUCAAGCGGUCCGUCUUCUUAGCCUGGGUGUUCGCUCCGUUCAUGUGUGCCUCAACGCUGCUUGUGGUAUUCGGAAAGGAAAGCCGGGCAUGGCGGGAAUAUUGGCUGCAACAGAUGCUGGAAUGUACACAAAGAGCUGGUGCCGCUUUUCAGAAGUUUGGGCAAUGGCUUUCCAUGCGGCCGGACAUGUUCCCGCCGGAUGUGAUUCUGGUUCUAAGCAAGCUGAGGGCAGAUGCGCCGGCACACUCUGGCGUCGUGUCUCGAAGGAUGUUGAAGGACCAGCUGGGUAAGGAUGUCGAUGAGCUUUUCGAUGAGUUUCAGGAAGAGCCCGUGGCUAGUGGUUCCGUGGGCCAAGUGCACAGGGCCCGCCUCAAAGCCGAGCAUGCACUGGACGGACCAGGUGGGCAGCUGCGCGACGUUGCAGUGAAGAUACAGCACCCCGGGGUCAUUGACAGUGCGUUUAUGGACUUGAACAUCGUCUGGAAGCUCGUGGAAUUUUCUGAGAAGUUCCUGCACAUGACAAUGCCGUUUGAUAGGAGCGACUUUGAUGAAGUGAUCCAAGCCCAGAUGGACUUCACCAGGGAAGCUUUCAAUCUUCAACGCUUCGCACGAAACUUCAAGGGGGAGCACCGAAUCAGGUUUCCGAAAGUGUCUUCACACUUCGUAACCCCCGAAGUACUCGUGGAGACUUGGGAGAAUGGCGAAAUCAUUUCGAACAUCAUGGAGGAUUUCGACAACGCAAAGGCUGCAUGUCAAGAUGCCAUGACCGCCCUGGAGUCCAAGAAGCGUGAAGUUCAAGGUGAUCUUUCAAGGAUCUUGUAUGACAUGAGCAUGAAGAUGAUGAUUCGAGACAAUUUUGUUCACGGCGACCUGCAUGGCGGAAAUAUUUUGUAUUCAACAAAUGAUGACCACGUGACUGUCCUUGAUGCUGGAAUUGCAACAUCACUGGACAAGCGAACGGUGGCCCCUUUUGGACGCUUUUUGCAUGCGCUGUGUUCCGGACAGACCGAGAAGGUGGUUGAAUACUUGCAGAGAUUUGACGAGUCGAAAAUGGUAGUCAACACCAAGCAGUUACGCGCGGACAUCCAGGAAACGAUGGACAAGUACAUGGGACCUUUCCGAAUAGACAAGGAAGGACCUUUGAAUGCGGCAGACAUGUUUGGAGAAGUCAUGUUCACGUUACAGCGGCACGGAAUGUUGCUCAAGGGUGACGUGGCUUCUACACUGUUUACCAUAUCGAUCAGUGAAGGCCAGAAGACCUUUUUUUCCAGGCCCGAAUCAUUGCCGGAGUUGCGGAGCUGCGUGCCCGCUGCGCCCACCGCCGGCAUGGCGGCCCCUGCACGAUGGAGUCUGCUGCUCCUUUUGCUUAGUGUCUUGGCCAACAAGGUAGCAGGGCAGGUUGCAGACGAGGCAGACGUGGAUGAGGACGAGGAGGAUGACGAAGAUUUCCCAGAGUCUGUGAAAACUCUCACCGACAGCACUUUCCAGGACUUCAUCAAGACUAACGAGAGGGUUUUGGUGGAGUUCUAUGCGCCUUGGUGCGGCCAUUGUCAGCAGCUGGAGCCGCAGUACAAUCAGGCUGCUGAUGCCCUGCGAAUGGAAGGGGCCAAGACCAUGCUGGCCAAGGUAGAUGCGACCGCAGAGACGGCCCUUGCAACACAAUACCAGGUGCAAUCAUAUCCGACAUUGAAAUACUUCGUAGGAGGAGGUGAACCUGUUGACUACGAUGGCCCGCGAGAAGCGGAUGGCAUCGCAGAAUGGCUUAGAAAAAGAGAGAAGCCAGCCGUGGAGGAAAUGAAGGAGUCCGAGGUGAACGCUUGGAUUCAGAAAACCUUAGACGACAAUGCUUUCGCUUUGGUGGCACAUGUGAAGAAGAAAUCUGCACGUGCCAAGGCGUAUGCCAAGUCCGCCGAGAGCCUCAUAGAUUACAAGGGCUCGAAACUGAGGUUUGCCGUCGUUUGGCUGCCCAAAGCAGCCGAUCCCAAGAAGGAUGCUUACCUCUCCAUGUCGCGCCCUCUGAAGGAUCCAGAAGACAAGAAGCUUGAAUUUGCUGGCUCAUGGACAGACACCGGACUGGCAAGGUGGAUCAAGCAGAGCACGUACGCUUUGGUUGGCGAUUCCUUUGCCGCGAACAAAUAUUCAACGGAGGCGAUGCAGGAGAUCGGAGCGAAAGGAGCAGUCAUUGGCACCUUCGGCACAGAGGAUGCCGGCAAAGACAUGGGAAGCCUUUUGCAGAAGGUGGCUGCGGCAGAAGCGUCAUGGCGUUUUGCGACCAGUCCACGAUCGAAGUUGGAGGAAAGCGACCUGGACGUGCUCGGGGCCAAAACGGAUGCUGCUAUGCAGAUCUCAGUACUUUACCAGGAAAAGAAGUAUGUGCUGAAGGACGUGACGGAGCAGGCCAUUAAGAGUUUUCUUGCGGACAUUCUCGCCAAGAAAGCCAAGCCGUACUACAAGAGCGCGGCACCUCCGAGUCAGGCUGUUGAAGGAGGCGUCACUGUGUUGACAGGUGAUACCUUCGAUGAAGUUGUCCUGAAUGCCAAGCACGAUGUCUUUGCCUUUCGGGGCAAAGGUGACAUCUAUGUUUUGUCACCAAUCCCCGACCUCUCCUCAACCUCCAACCUCCACCACCUUCCUCCAGCGUUCUCCACCCUUCCAUCCUUUCCCGCCCUUCUCCACACAUCUCAGAGCCCACGGUACAUGGACGUAGACCUCAAAGAGAAGGGCUACGAGGGGCAGCAGCAAAGCAAGGUUUCCUUCAUUGAGCUGGGCAAAUCAUUAAUGAUCGUUAAUGCAAAGCACGAGUUUGGCCACGGUGUCGAGUUCUAUGCGCUGGCUACUGAGAUGGGUCGGCGCCUUCAGUCACAGCUUGACUUGGAGUGGCAGUUGGCAGGCAAGAAGUUGGAACCAGUUUGGACACAGCUGGCGCAGAAGGUGGAAAGUCUCGGUCACGGCAAGAACGUGGUUGUGGCAAAGAUGGAUGCAACAGAAAACGAGUGUGAAGAACAAGUUUCAGGUUAUCCUACUCUUGUUUUCUAUCCAGCCGUGAAAAAAGAGAAAAAGUUUCGCCAAAAGCUCAUCUACCAAGGUGCAAGAGACUUCGAUCCGCUCCUGGAUUUCCUGGUGGAAAAUGCUGUGAACUUGGAGGGCGUGGAGCUAACAGAGGGCGUGGGCAAGCAAGCCUCACUUGUGGACAGAGAGCGCGCCAGAAAGAAGAAGAAGGCCGGGCACCAUCCGUGCCGGUCCACGGGUAGCAUCUGA